AUGCUUAUUUCCUAAAGACAACCACUCAUUUAGUUAGAUGAUUUUAUGUCAUUUUUGGGAAGUUAAUGGAUAAAGUUAAAUUAUUUGAACUAAACUUAAUCAAUCGAUUGCCAGAAUCAUUUUGUAAAUUUGAUUGACCAAAACAAAACAAGAAUCAAAAUUGAUUAAGAACAAUUAGCUAAGCUCGAGAUGUCUAAUCAUAAAAUAAUUAUACUAACAUUCUUCAUUUACGGAUACUAUAUCACUUAUAUCGAAAAAUAACAAUUUUGCUUCCUUUUCUUUAAAAAGUUCAUCUAAGUAAUUGACAAAAUAGAAAUAAAAAGUUUGGAAUAUAUAUAAUAGGUCAUAGAGCCUCAGCAUCCUAUUUGUAAAUAAAUUUUGCUUGAAUGCAUUAUAAUGCUUCUUCAUCAAACAAGCUAAUUAUUAGAAACGACUGAAUAAAAUCAAAUGGAGGAUUAUGAAGAUAAUUAUAAUGAUAUUCCAGAAAGCAAGUUAUUUUAUAAAUAGGCUUAUAUACAUCUAGUUGAUUAAAUGAAGGGGGUUUUGUUUAAAUCCUACAAUUAAGGACAAAUAUUGAUCACAAUUUUCAUUAAUUAAUUAUUUUUGAGCGAUGAGAUAUGUGCAAAGAUACAACAAGAGCAUGCAACUCAAAUUCUAUUGAAUGAUACAAAGUUUAUAAUUGAAUUAAUGGAAGAUUAUAUUAGUUGUUCCGAUAAACCUAUUCAUAAUACUAGAUAAAUAAUUAAAUAGACGUUUCUAUCAAAUCAAGAAAGAUAGGGUAAAAUAUCAUAAAAAAUAUUUAAUAAUUUAUAGUAAUUAAAUGAUUAAACUAUUUUAUGCCUUUAAGCUAUAAAAAUAUGGUUGAAUUCUAAAAACCAAACCGUCUUUUUAUAAAUUAUAUAAUUUUUAGAAAAUACUUUUGAGAAUGCUAAUUUUAGCUUUGAAUACGAUGAAUAAUGUAUUAAAUUAUCAUUUGAAAUAUUAAGUAAAUGAUUUACAUUUAUAUUAGCAUAUAUAUAAUCUUAAGUUUUAUAAGAUAAUACAAAUUUUACUGAAGAAAUAUAAGAAAAAAUGAUAUAUAUAUUUCAUAUUUUAUGGACAACUCUAGAAUAACAAACUUCAAAUUAAUUCGAUGAUUAAAAGACUGAAUUUUGGUUAAAUUAUAUCCAUAAAUUAAAUUUACUCCUGAAUCCCUUAACUCCAAAUUCGAAAGAAUCAAAUAACAUAAAAGAAUGUGCUGGUCUAUAUCUUAUCUUAUAUGAUCAUCACAAUAUUAAAAAGUACAUUUAAUCUACAACUAUUUUAUUUCAUUUUAUUGAUCAACUUUAUCCAUUAGAUCAAACUCAAAUUAAAUAAAGUAUUUUACUCUAAAAAUUAAUUAAAUCAUCUAUUGAAUGUAUAGUAGAUCCUUAUUUAUAAGAAAAUGAAGGAAUUAUGUUAACUAUUUAGAAAGUCUUAAAGUAAGUUCAAUUUAUAAGUCCUUAAUUUAAAAAAAAUAUAUUCUAAUAUAUUUGGACUAAAUUGAUUCCUGAAAAUCGAUUUUACUUAGAAGUAUUAUAAAAGGUAGUAACUCUCUAUUUAGAAAAUGAAGAUUAAAUAUUUGGAACUAGAAAUAGCUUUUUUAUUUCAAUUUUAGAAAUGGAAAGUCAUAAGAAAAUUGUACAUCCAUAGAAAUUUCUUGCACUUUUAUAAAUUUGUUAAUAUCUUUGUCUUGAAAAUGCUCCUAUUAAUAUAGAAUAAAUAUUUUCUUAACAUGAUCCAAAUGCUAAUUGUUUAGAAUUAAAGUAAUUUAAAAUUAAAAGAAGCUUCUAAGAAUUUUUUUAAGUUAAUAAUUAUUAUAAUUUAAUAAUAAAUCUUAUUUCUAGCAUUAACAAUCCUAAUAAUUUAGUUUAAUCAUUAAAAGAAUUUAUAAAAUUAUUAUGGUUAUUAACUGAAGGACUUAAAUUAUGUUAAGUAGAUUUUGCAGAUGAUUUUGUUUAAUUCUUAGAAUAAAAACUUUAUUUAUUUUCAGAUGAUUAAAUGAGAGAACUUAUUGAACUACUUUUUGAUUGUUCUGUUUCUAUGAUAAGUAAAUUUAUUAGAUUAAUGAAUGUAUCAAAUACUGCAGAAUAAUAUGGUGAAAUUAUGAUAUAAAAUGAAUUUUGUUUAAAAGUAAAUAUAAUUUUAAUAAUUAGGUACUUGUUGAAACUUUCCUAUUUAACACAACUCCCUCAGAAUAAUUAAGACUUAAGUGUCUAUAAUUUCUAGGUAUAUUAAUAUCUAUGAAUGAUUAUAAUAAGAUGAUUUUUAGAGAAGCCAUUAGAUUGUCAGUAUAAAAUAUUUUAUAUAUUGUUAGAAUUUCUUAUUAUGUAUGAGAAAUUAAAAGAAUAAGAGUUUAUAAUCAUCUAUGGAAGAAGUUUUAAAAAGAUCUUUAUCAUUUAUAAGAAAUGAUUAAAUUCAAAAAUUAAUUUAAAAUGCUCCUAAGGAAUCAUAAAAAAAUAAAGUAUUCAAAUAAUCAGCAUUUUCAUAAUAUGUAGGAACUACUUUAGAAAAUCUAUCAAAUAGUGGUACUGAAACUAAAUUUAAAAGAUAUUUUUAAUUAUUAGGAAAGGAUAGUGGAAUUAUUAUUAAGAAUUACAAAGAUUUAUGUGUAAAUAAAUCAUGGAAAUCUUUUACAAUUUUAAUGGAAUUCAAAAGAGAAGGUUUUCAUUUCAUUAAUUCAAAUGCAAAAACACUUGAAGAUAUAUAUAAAAAAGAAUAGAUAUUAUUUGCAUAUACUGGACAUAUAGAGAGAUAAGAAAAAGGUAAUCAUUAAGGAAUAUCUUAAAAAUAAAAUAUUGUUUAGGUUGAUUUAAUCACAGUAUCAUUGAUCAAUUAAUAAUUAAAAUAAUAAGAAUAAUAAAAUUUAAACUAUCUUUAAAAUAUAAUAAAAAUUGCAAUACUCAAUUCAGAAUUAUAAAUAUAAGAAUUUACAAUAGAUUACACAUAAUAAUCAAAGGAUGAAACUAUAUUACUUAUUUUUAUGUUCGAUGAUAGAAAUAAAGGAAAAUUUUCAAUUAAUAUUUAAAAUUAAAAGAAAAGGUCUUUUUAAAUUAAACCAUUUUUAUCAGAAUACAUUAAAAAGCAUUCUGAUAAACAUCCUUUAAGUGUAAAUAUAGGGUCUUAUUAUUCAAACUAAUAAUUUUAGAGAACAUUUUAGGGAAUCAUUAAUAAUUUUAUUCUUGUUGAAAAUAUAUUAUUGGAAAAAUAAAUUGAAUCAAUAUUUUCAAGGGAUUAAACAAAUUUAGUGACAGUUGUUGAAUAAGAAACAAUGAAUUUCGGAGUAGAUGAAAUUUAAAGUAUAAAUUUAUUAUUAUAUUUUAUUAGGUAGGGAAAUGUAAUACUUAGAUUUCGAAAAAUUUAAGUCUAGUUUUUAAAUUGUAGAAAUUAAAGAUGUUUUGAAAAUUAUAAGAGCACAAAAUGUAUAGGAUUAAAAUUUCAUAAUGACAAUGUUAAAGAAAUAAAUAUAGCAUAAGAUAAGUUAUGAAUAAAAUUAAGAUGUUAAAGUAUUCUAUUAAGGUGUUAAUAUUAUUGAAGAUACAAGUUUGGCUGAAGUUUUCUUAAGUUUAGAGAAUAUUGAAAUCAUUUUAUUCAUCAUAUCCAUUACAACUUAAACUUAUUUUGAAAUUGAACCAUAAGAAAGGAGAUCAUGUAAAAUAAGAAGUGUUAAAGAGGUUUUAUAAAAUGGAUCUACUACUAGCAAAGGAGUUUAUAAAAGAACUAAUUAUUUUGAUUCUUAAUAAAGAUCAUUAUUUUUAGUAAAAGAUUUAAGAAAAUGUAGAGAUGAUUAUAUAAACAGUUAACAAUUUUAAUUGAAUUUAAAGAAAUAAAAUAGUUCAAUAAUUUCAUAAGGUGAAUCUCCAUUAUAAUAAAGAUAAAAUUUUAUUUAACUGGAAUAGAAUAGUUCAAAUUCAAACACUAAUUCAAUAUAAUUAGCUUCAUAAUUUUAAGCUGUUUCAUAAAAAAAUAUUGAUCAAUUAGACCAAACUUCAUUAUUUAAUAUUCCAAUUAUAUAAGUAUAAAGCACUUUCUCUUAAGAAUUAUAAUCACCUUUUAUUAUGAAAUCAAAUUAAUCUGAAUAAAAGCAGAUUUCUCCAGGUGAUUUACCACAUUUUGAAAUACCAAAUUAAAUAAUUUCAAAAGAGAAAUUCACAUUAGAAUAAUUUAACAUAGAUAGAAAAGUUAAAUCUUAGUUUACUGGAAGAAAAAAUACAAGAAAUAAUACAUGUAAUGUAUCAGCAACAAAAGCAUUUUAAAUGAAUUAGCAUCUAAAAAAUUUAGUUGAAAUAUAAAGUGAUAAAAAUAUUAAUUGGCAUUAAUAAAAUAGUGAGUCAAUUAUAUAUGAUUCUAAUCUUUAUCAUUGUGAAUGGAUUAGAGUAAAAAUGUAAAUAUAUGGAGAAUUAAAAAUCUUAGAAAAAGGCAAAAUCCUUUAAUUUUAAAGUGAUGGUUCAGAACGUCCUGAUAAAGAUUUCUACAUUUAUGGAACAAUAGUAUUGAAUUAUUUAAUAUUAAUAGCCUUAUAAUUUAAAAAAGUUGAAGAAAACAAAAAUAAUAAAUACAUCUUAAAUCUUAGAAAUUUAAACUAGGAGAUAUUCACAUAAAGAAAUAGCUAUCGAGAUAUUCUGUAAAAACACAAAGUCUUACUUUUUUGUUUUAUACGAUUAAGAUAGAAGGACAUAAUUCUUUAAUUAAAUAAAAUAGAACAAUACAUUUAAUAUUGUAAUAGAUAAAAGAGCAGGUUUAAAUAUUUUAAUAAAUUUUAGAAUUUUUAGCAAAAGAAUAUACAAAAAAAUGGGUUAAAGGAAAAUUGUCAAAUUUUGAAUAUUUAAUGUUAAUCAAUAAAUAUUCUGGAAGAUCUUUUAAUGAUUUAAAUUAGUAUCCAAUAUUUCCAUGGGUUAUUUGUGAUUAUACAAGUAAAACUAUUGAUUUAGUAAUUUAAUUAUUAUUAUUAUUUAAAAUAGACUAAAAGAGAGAUAUAUAGAGAUUUAGAAAAGAUGAUUAGUAGUUAAAAUGAGGAGAGAUUAAAAAAUUGUAAAAUUAGAGCUGAAUCUUUAAAAUAAACAUAGAAUGAAUAUUUUUUAUUUGGAUCUCAUUAUAGUGUAGCUGCAUAAAUAAUAAAUACUCUUGUGAGAAUAGAACCAUUUACUACUUUAUCUUGUGAAUUACAAGAUGGAAAAUUAGAUUAACCUGAUAGAUUAUUUUUCUAAAUUUCAAACAUUUGGCAAUCUUGUUAAAAUGAUAAUUAAGAUUAUAGAGAAUUAAUUCCUGAGUAUUUUUAUUUACCAGAAUUUUUGAAGAAUAUUAAUAAAAUAUAUUUUGGUCAAAGAUAGAAUUAAGAAUAGGUUGAUGAUGUUAUUUUACCUCCAUGGGCUUCAAGUUGUGAAGAGUUUAUUGAAAUAAAUAGAUAGGCACUUGAAUCUAGUUAUGUUAGUGAGAAAUUACAUAAUUGGAUUAAUUUUAUAUUUGGACCAUAUGCUUAAGGAGAAGAAGCAAGAAAAAGAGAUAAUUUAUAUCAUUGGUUAACAUAUGAUUCAUGUUUAACAUAUUUAGAUAAAUUGCCAAGUUAAGAGAAAUUGGGAUAUUUAGCUUAAAUAUAAUAAUUUGGUUAAGUUCCAUUUUAAUUAUUUGUAAAACCACAUUGGCCAAAAUAAAAAUAAUAAUUAAAUUUAUUUUCACCUACAAAUUUAAUAAAAUUAUUAAGUGAAAAAAAAUUUAUUAAUUCUAAAAGAAUAAUGAAAUUUGAUAAAAAGUUUGCUAUAAAAAUUUAUAGGGAAAGUGAAAAUUUACAUGUUUUAUUGAAUGAUAAAACAGUUUACAAAUUAAAGUAUAAAUUUAAUAUAAAAUAAUUUAGAUAAUAUAAUAAUUAAGAGAGAAGAGAUAGUGAAGAGAAAUUGGCAAAUGCGUCAACAUUUUCUAUUAGAGGAAAUGAAAAACUUCAUUCAAAAGGAUUAUAAUUUUAAUUUGAUGAUCAUGUCUUAUUUGUUUGUGGAUAUUUAAGUGGAGCAGUUUAUAUUUAUAAUUUAUUUACAGAUAAAUCUUAAUAAGCUUAGAUUUGUCAUAAAAUUAAAUUACAUAGGAAAAGAGUCACUUGUUUAUCAUAUUCCUCUAAAUUGAAAAUUUUAUGUUUGGGUGCAAAAGAUAAUAGAGUUACUAUAUGGAAUGCUAUUUUAUCAAAUGAAAAAUAAAUUUCAUUUUUAUCCACUCCAUCUUUAAUACUUUAUGGUCAUGAUAAAACUAUCAAAUGUGUUCAUAUUGAUGAUACUUUAUAAGUUGUAAUAAGUUUGGAUAAAAUUGGGAAAUUAUAAAUACAUUCUAUUAUUUCUGGAUUAUUUCUAUAAGAUUUUAAACUUGAUUUAGCAUAAGGUGAAAAAGUUAAAAAUAUUGUAACAAAUGGAAAUGGAUUAAUAAUUGUAUAUACUAACCAUAAUUAAAUUAUAGCAACUAGGUAUUUAUAUAAUUUAUAAUUAUUAGAGUAAAUGGUUUGAUUAUAUAAAAAUAUUUUUAUAUGAAUAUCGGCAAUAUAACUUAAAUAAAUUAAUUCUUAUAAUCACAUUUAUUGGUAUCAACUCUAAAGGGUGAAAUACUUAUAAUUUAAGAUAUCACUAGUUUACCUGAUUAACCUCCCAUCUUUUUCCAUUUAUACCAAAAUACAUCUAAUAUAGGAAUUGUAACAUUCUCAUAAUGUAUUUUAAAUGUAAUAACUAUUAGUUAUGGAGAAUGAAUCUUUAGUCUUUAUAAUAAGUUUAAUGGAUGGAACAUUACAACGAUAUGUUAUAAGUUGUGAAUAAAGUAAACUUAUUAUUUUAUUUUAUAGAUGUUGAAUUUUAUCAUUAUUUAGGUAAAUUAGGAAUGUGA